AUGGCAGCGAAAUCCGAUGGUCGCGGGGUCGUCACCGGUUUCGCCCAGCUGCACAACCUGGACGAGGUGGUGGGGACGGGAGAGGACGACAAUCGGAACAGCAGCUCAUUCCACAUCUGCCACUGCUGCAACACCUCGUCGUGCUACUGGGGCUGCCGGAGCGCCUGCCUGCAUUACCUCCGGAGGAAGGGGAAGGGGAAGGAGAGAGAUGCGGCGCGGCCACCGCAGGAGGAGCGCCUCUGGCUGGACUGCCUGUGGAUCAUCCUGGCACUGCUGGUCUUUUUCUGGGACGUGGGGACCGAUUUGUGGCUUGCCAUCGACUAUUACCACAAGCAGGACUUCCUGUGGUCAGGCCUGACCCUGUUCUUCGUGCUGGUGCCCUCGGUUCUGGUCCAGAUCCUGAGCUUCAGGUGGUUUGUGCAGGAUUACACUGGGGGCGGACUGGGCUCCGUGGAGGGGCUGAGUAGCCAUAGAGCUACAGCCAGUCUGCAAAGAGACAGGUGCUGCCGCCUCUCUGUCUGGGUCUGGCAGACCAUCAUUCACAUCUUUCAGUUGGGACAAGUGUGGAGGUACAUCCGUACCAUGUACCUCGGUAUACAAAGCCACCGGCAGAAGGAGAACCAGCGACGCUUUUACUGGGCUAUGAUGUACGAGUAUGCCGAUGUCAACAUGCUGCGACUGCUAGAGACCUUCUUAGAAAGCGCCCCUCAGCUGGUGCUGCAGCUCUGCAUCAUGAUCCAGAGCAACAAGGCUGAGUGGUUGCAGUGUGUUUCUGCCAUGUCCUCCCUCCUGUCCCUGGCCUGGGUGCUAGCCUCUUACCACAAACUCCUACGUGACUCACGUGACGACAAGAAGAGCAUGAGUUACCGAGGUGCCCUGGUGCACCUGUUCUGGCGCCUUUUUACCAUCUCCUCACGGGUGCUCUCCCUCGCUCUAUUUGCCUCUGUUUUCCACAUCUACUUUGGCAUUUUUGUGGUGCUCCAUUGGUGCGCCAUGGCUUUCUGGGUCAUCCAUGGCGGCACCGACUUCUGCAUGUCCAAGUGGGAGGAGGUACUGUUCAACAUGGUGGUGGGCGUGGUCUAUGUCUUCUGUUGGUUCAAUGUGCGUGAGGGCCGGACGCGGUACAGAAUGGUGGCCUAUUACACACUAGUACUGUUCGAGAACGCCAUCCUCAGCCUCCUUUGGUAUGCGUAUCGUGACCCAGCCACCACUGACGCCUAUGCCUCUUUUGCCCUCUGUGGCGUCUUCCUGUGCUUUGCCUCAGGUGUGGCCUGUAUGGUUCUCUAUUACGGGGUUCUACACCCCAUGGGCCCCCGGCUGAGGGUGCUGGCCAGCUCUUGCUGUGCUGAGCUGCUGUGGGGCCUUCCAUUACCCCCUGAGGCCGAGCCCAUGGCUCCCACACCAGGCCCCCGUGGCUCUCAGGCCACCCCCACACGGGGUCUGGCAGGGGAGCACAUGGAGUCAGAUGAAACAGCCACGGACACCUGCCUUCCGGUUUUCCAGGUGAGGUCCACAGAACCUGUGGAUGCAGCUGGCAGGCCCAUCCAACCAGAGGGUCCUCUCAUCAAGAUAGACAUGCCCAGAAAACGCUACCCAGCCUGGGAUGCACACUUUGUGGAUCGGCGCCUGCGCAGGACCAUAAAUGUGCUGCAGUACAUUAGCCCUAAUGCGGUGGGCAUCAGGUAUAGGGACGGUCCGCUUCUUUAUGAACUCCUGCAGUACGAAUCCUCCCUCUGAAGGCAUCUUCUCCCUCAGCUCUGUCACCUCCUCUUACACACCACGAUGCACAUGCGUUUCCUUUCUCUCACCCCGCUCUUCCUCCUCUCCAGAUAUUAUCUCUUUCCAUGUGACACUCGACUCUCUCCCUCUCUCCACUCCGAUCAUUCAACUUUCCUGCAGGAGAUGUGUGUUAGCCAACCGAAAAUCUGUCAAGACAGUCUAAACACACAGUCAUGAUUUAUUUUUGGAAAAAGAGAGAAAAAUUAUGAACCUACAGUAUCUGAUGUGAUAUAUACAUAAAUCUCAUAUAAAUCCCUCUACGAUGGAGGAGGGUUCUGUAUGAGUGUGUAGAUAACAUAUGAAUGUUUCAUUAUGAAAUGUGUUUAAUGCAUUAUACUGUAUUGGUGAUUCAACCUGUGAAUACUUGUGAAGGGCAUAUUGUAUGUCCCUGUGACAUGGGACUGGCGCAAAGCCUGAUGGGAAUGAUGGAGGAGAGUCUCAGAGGGGGCAGGUCUUUGCACAUCCCAACAUUUACUGCCAUUCUUUAUGUAAAUUAUUGAAAUGUAUGAUGAUGUUUACCGAGUCGUUAGAUUAAAAAAGCACUGAAAUCUUUAUCAUGAUACUGUAAAUUACAGAAAGGGCACAAUCACAGACGUGUCGAACAGAAGCACUUCAAAAUGGAUUUUCCCUCUGUGAGCGUAUGUGGCUCAAGUGUAUCCUGGCUGUACUAUUUUUGUUCAAAAUCCUAAAUCGUAAUCGCAUCAUGUAUGGAAGAAAAAAAGAAGCACACUGACCUUCAAUCAGUUCCACCCACAUAUUCAGUUUUUACAGUGCAGACUGCCCUCUGAUGGAGGCAAGCUGUAACAGCAUGCCUUACUUGGUCGUUCUUGCCCACAGUUGAGACAGCACACUAUAUUGAGACAACCACCAAACACAAUGAAAGGAAUGUAGAAUGUAGUAGAAAUGAGCACAAUGUUUUCUAAAUUGGUGGGUUGAAAAUCAUAAUAAAAAACAUUCCAAAGACUUUUUUUUAAAGAUUGUAAGUGUCUAAGGGUAGAAGGGUACAAAUGUGUGUUAACGCACAUUCUUGUUUGAAGUGCAAAGACAGCCUUCAAAGAAUCCUCCACCAUUCCCUUCUGAAUCCUAGAAAGUACUUAUACAACCUCCCUUUUUUGUUUUCUUAUCGACAAAUAUUUUAGGUUGAUUAAUAUAUGCUUAUCGGGUGCAAAGACUUGUAAUAAGUUCUUAAAAAAAAAAGUCAAAUCUGAGAAGAUAUUUCUAUGCUAUUAUACUUCAGUGCGUAUUUGUGUCCACAUUUAUAGUCAUUGACAUAACUAUAUUUUGCCAGAACACACAGUUUUUUACAUGACGACAAAAUGUUGUGCGGUGCAGUGUGAAAAAGGUAUACUCCUCAACAUCAGUGUGCCCUCAAAGAGGUUAUACUCUUAUACGGGUGCACAGGGCAACUGUUCUGGCACCCGCUAGCGCAGUUGAAACAAAGCCAAAUCGCAUCUUUAAGUACUGUCUGUACAAUUUAUCUGCCCCCCUUGAACCAGUAGAAUGAGUCGUUGCAAAACGUGUGCCAUCUCUAGGCCUGCUGUGCAGCAGUUACACACUAAUGUACACUUCCCAGCUGAACCUGCGGGAGCUCUCCGCUACGGAUACCCACGGGACGACCACUGUAUUCACUCAUGAUAAAAAUAAUAGUGAUUAAUGAAAAAGAAAAAGAAGAGAAAAAAACAUGCCUUCUAAGUCAAAGGAGUUUGACUUAAAUUUCCAGAGAGGGCUACUGAACAAUUCAUGAGAAAACUGAAUGCAUUUCAUACUCCAACUUUAUCUAUUUACUCAAUGAUUCAUCCGAAUAUAUAAUGUGUGUUUUUUACAUUGCAGUGUUUGGCAUGACUUUAGUAUGAGGCAUUAGUACAAAUGCACCCAGCAAGGGAUGCCCAAGAGCCCUCACAAAACAGAGAUUCCUUUCUCCUGGCUCACUGGCGUCCUGCUUAGCUGUGGCCACGUGUGCCUGCUAACACCGUACUGUAAAAAGCGGAUGCCAAGUAAGUCCAGGCCAAAGGUGAGAGGGGGGUUUUGCCAGGGUUGGAAAAGAACACGAGGACAGAUUGUGACAAAGGGCCUGACCGGAGUACCGUGUGUAAUUCAUUGUGUGCUUGAGUGAGAAAGAUGAGUGUGUACCUCUCAGCACAUACUGUGCAACCUGCAGUAUGUAUUAGGGGAUCUGAGUGUGCUUGCAUGGUGGCGUGUGCGCAUGCUCGUCCUGCGUGUCCCCUCAGCCCCUUUCCCACAGCUCUGUCCUCUCGCCGAUUGUUCGGCUCCAUCCUCGGUUGCUGCUCCGCCCUCUUCCCCGUCUCUUUGGUGCUGGGCCUUGGCGCACUCCCCGUGGAAACACUCUCACACUCUCUGGUAACUGAACAACGGGGUUGAGGCUGAACAACUGGAGAUCCUGACAUGAGAACAUGCAAUGAGGUACACUGCCAUGACCAAGAGCUUCAACAUCCGGGGUCUGCCACCCUUCGGCUUACAAAAGCGAUGUUCAGCCCUAAGUAAUUGAGAACUGUUGGGUCAGCUAAGGUGGAGCAAACAUCUGACACACCAUAUGUAUAGAUAUACAUGAGUAUGCAAACAACCAACUUGUUCAUUGUUUACCAUAGUAGCCAGAGUAGUUCCUCUCUGUUGUAGUGAAUGAACAGCCAUGUUAAUAGUUAGUCGAUUAAUAAAUAAUGAAUAAGUAUUGUAAACUUUGAAAAAAAAAACCUAAGCAAAACAGCCAAUACAGGGGUUCCUCAGGACCAACAACCAAGACCACUGAACCAGCUGACUCAGGGGUGUCUCAAUGCAGUUCUCAUCCCCAGGCAUGUCCUCAAGGGUCUCCAUUUUUUCCUUAACAUAAUGCAUCCUGGACCACUCCUCGGCUGGGA